UCAACGGGAAGCGGUGCUCAACAGACUACUCCCACACACAGCCGCCUCAGUCGUCUUGAACAGAAAGGUCACUGCACACAUGGGAAAGGUCAAUCACAUUUCACCACCACAGCUGUCUGUCUGUCAUUCUGAACGUCAUUCUCACCGGUUUUUCCGGUUUUUCCUAGAUUCACGAUGUCGACCCAUGCGACGAAUGGAUGGCUGCCAUCGGUCAGCACCAGCCGUCGCACACAAUCGUCCCGGCUCACUGUGGUCGUACAGCCGGGCACUGAAGUGUGGGGCGACUGAAUGAACAGGCCAUCCAGACGAGCGCCAACGACAUCCCUAAACAGACAGACACCAACAAACGACUUGUCCUGUGCCCCUCUUGACCCCAUUGAUUCCGUUAGUGUGCUACCUGGUGAGUCUAGUGAAUGUGUCAUUGAUCUGCUGCCGGUGAGUCCCGUAGAAGUGGUCUAAGAUCUUGCACUUGGCAAACGACGACAGUGACGCAUCGAUGCGCUCAUUGAAGGCCGACGACAACCAUCUGGCGUCGGCGGCCGAGUACUGGGUGAUAGGGCUGCGCACCGGCGGGUCUUGUGGCUGUCUGUGCCGCCGGUACAGGUGGCCGGCAGGGAGGGGCGGAUCGACGUCCAGGCGGAAAUUGGGCUCGUCGAUGAUGGCCCGCCACUGGUUGCCAUGGUGGAACAGCUGCAGGCAGGUGCCGUCACUGAAGUGGAUGUGGCGGCCGACCAUCUCGAGCUGCGCCAACACACGGGGAGCCGACACAUACGCCUACACACACACCACAGAGACACACACAGAGAGAGAUCAUGAGGCCCUCCCCCUCCCCUCCCCGCCCCUCUGUUUGCUGGCUCACCUUUAUGUUUGCGUGUGUGUUGAUGUCAUCGGCUGUGAGGAUGACAGGCAGCUCAAAGUUGCCGCACUGCCCCGCCAGCCCAAUCACCUCGACCAUCUCGCCCCAGUCCCCCUCCUCCACCACACACACCGCCGCCAGCAGAUCAUGUGUGACGAACUGGUCGUCGUCGAACCGCAGCAGCUGCAGUUGCUCCCCAUUUACCGCCCGCCGCAGCCCCGCCUGUGAGCCCAGCGAGUGGCUGAGCCGAUCUCUCAGCUGGGCCGCUCCGAAGAGCUCUCUUUGCCAGGUGCAGGUGGCCCUCAGCGGCACGACGUCCUUGACGCUGAGGAGGUAGCGGCUCCUCCGGCCCACACACAGGUAUGACACGGGGUGCUGCUGCUGCUCGAGGUGCUGCAU